AUGACAAGUACUACUUUUUUUAUUAUCUUUAUCCCUAUAUUAGCUAUUUUAUUAUUAUCAAUAAAUUUAAUCUUAGCCCCUCAUAAUCCUUACCAAGAAAAGGACAGUGCUUUUGAAUGUGGUUUCCAUUCAUUUUUAGGGCAAAAUAGAACACAGUUUAGCGUGUCGUUCUUUAUCUUUGCUCUUUUAUUCCUUUUAUUUGAUCUAGAGAUUUUAUUAGUAUACCCGUAUAGUGUAAGUGGGUACACUAAUGACAUUUACGGAUUAGUUAUAAUGAUGGUGUUUUUUGUACUAUUGACUUUAGGAUUUAUAUUUGAAUUAGGUAAAAACGCAUUGACGAUAGAAAGUAGACAAACUUCUAGCUAUAGU